AUGGCAGAGAAGAACUUCACCUCGGUGAGCGAAUUCCUCCUUAUUGCAUUCACCGACUGUCCCCAAUGGACGCUUCCUCUCUUCCUCCUGUUUCUGUUCAACUAUCUCCUCACCUUGUUGGGGAACCUGGGCAUGAUUGCUCUGAUCCGCGUGGAUGGCCGGCUGCACACCCCGAUGUACUUCUUCCUCGGCCACCUCUCCUUCGUGGACAUGUGCUACUCGUCGGCCAUCGUGCCACAGAUGCUGGCCGUGCUGCUGGAGGGCGGGGCCNCUCACCACUGUGUCUCUCUUCUUCGGCACCCUCAUAUUCAU